AGAACAGAAAGGAGAAAAGGAUUCAAGGCUAAUUUUUCCCCAGUGGAAGCGGCAAGACCCAAUUCCUCCUCAGCCUCCUUCUGGCCGUACAGCUACCACCCCCCCACGGUCUGGGCAAACGGGCCAUCUACAUUUCCACCGAGGCGCCGCUGGCGACAUCACGCCUGACGCAGAUGCUAGCUACGAACCCAUUGCUGAUGGAGACCGCCGACAAGCCCUCGCUCGAGAACAUCCUAUCCAUCAACGCCAUGGACCUCGAGACACAAGACCACAUCCUACACUUCCAGCUGCCCGUCGCCGUGGCGCGCUACGACGUCGGCCUCGUCGUCCUCGACUCCAUCACAGCCAACUACCGAGCCGAACACGCCGCAGACUCGCUGCUCGCCCUGGCCGCCCGCUCCUCCCACCUCGCCAAACUAGGCCACCUGCUCCGCAACCUCGCCGCGCAGGACGAAGGUCUUGCCGUCGUGGUCGCCAACCAGGUCUCCGACCGGUUCGAAUCGUUCUAUCCGUCGCGAACGCCUAGCAGUACGCGUGUAUCUGUUGCGCGUCCUGCGCCAGCAGGAGACCGCCUGUCUAUCACCUCACAUCUACUAGAUACCCCCCCAUUUCCUUCCUCGCCAGCCCCAUCCCCACCCGCUUAUCUCGAUGAUGACCGCUUCGACGGAUCUUAUUACCUUGUCGGCACUGAUCCGCAGCGUAACGAGCUUCUCAGCCUCGCCCACCAGCAGCGCUUCUUCACAGGAUGGGGAGACGACGAUCAUGAUGAUCAUGAUCAUAAUGGUGAUGGUCUCGGUCUUGCUCGCCCCUCGCUACCGGGGCGUGUCAGUGUCCGGCUCUCUUCCGCACCCAAGACACCCGCCUUGGGAUUCGUCUGGUCGACGCAGAUCGCCUGCCGGAUAGCCCUGAAGAAGGAGGAAUCCCAGAUCAUCGAACCGGUGCCUUGCCUCCCGCAACCAACGGUGGAAUCUCAAGACGCGAAAGAGACCCGUAAGGAGUCUACUCCGGAGCCAAUACUUGUAGAUACACAUAUCCGCCGGACUAUGAAGGUUGCUGUUGCGCCGUGGACGGCGGUGGGGGAAGUCGAUUAUGAGAUCUGGGAGGGCGGAUUACGACACAAAGCCUACAUGGUAGAAAGAUAGUAAUGAUAUCUAUGGAUACGGAAUAUUAAUAUCCAUGAGGACGUAGUGAUAUCCAGGGAAAAAAAAAAGGAAAAUGCAUUUUGAAAGAAAAGGAAAAGAACAACAAAGCUAAAGCAUCUACUUCUAUAUUCUAGAUUUCUAAGCCUUGGGGAUCUUAGCCGGCGGAACACCAAUACCGUUAUGGUUCCGGAAGAAGAGGACGCCCUUGCUCUCGCCGGUGGCGCCCUCGGUAGGC